AUGUACCAGCAGCGUACAGGAUUCUUCUCAGAGCAAGAUAAAACAAUACUCUACACAGACGCCUCCCCCGUCACGUUGGGAGCCGUUCUUGUGCAAGAAGGAUCGAAUCUUGCACCUCGCAUAAUAAGUUUCGUUUCAAAGUCCCUAACUUCUACCGAAAAAAAGUACGCCCAGAAUCAACGGGAAGCAUUGGGAGCGGUCUGGGCAGUGGAACACUUUUCCUACUUCCUGCUUGGCAGACACUUCACGCUACGAACAGAUGCGCAGGGGGUAGCUUUUAUUCUCAAUAGAUCAAAAGAGGAUUCAAGGCGUGCUUUAACACGUGCUGAUGGAUGGGCUCUCAGGUUAAGCCCAUAUCGAUACGAUAUCGAAUAUGUCCGUGGAGUUGAGAAUAUCGCCGAUCCACCAUCUAGGCUCUACAAUGGUAAAGAUGCAGCGUUUUAUGAGGAAAACAGUCCAUGGGAAUUGGCAACUCUCGAAGCAAAUUCAGUAGAAUUCCUAACCGAGGAAGAAAUUAAGAACGCUACAGAUCAGGACGAAACUCUGCAAAAGGUAAUCUGUGCAUUAGAAUCAGGAGUAUGGCCUAAAUACUUGCGAAGGUACCACACGGUUGAAAAGGAUCUAUCCGUUCGGAAUGGUAUGGUUAUUAAAACCGGCUGUGCAGUAGUACCCAAAACACUUCAGACACAUGCCUUGGAGGUAGCACACGAGGGACACCCGUCAACCGCAAAAAUGAAGAGUAUAAUGCGGCAACGCGUGUGGUGGCCAGGACUGCCUAAAGACAUAACCACCUGGGUUGAAUCGUGUAAAACAUGUUGUGUCGACGGCAAACCGGAAAAGACGACGCCAAUGGAAAGGGUGUUUAUCCCAAAAACUGCCUGGGAUACCGUAGCACUCGAUUUCAAUGGCCCCUACGUCAAGCUCGGAGGGAUUCUCAUUCUAGUAGUAGUCGACUACAAAUCUCGAUACGUCAUAGCAAAACCUGUGAAAUCAACCAGUUUUGAGCACACUAAAAAAAUCCUCGAUGAGGUCUUCGAGAAAGAAGGUUUCCCAAAGACCAUUAAAACGGAUAAUGGACCUCCAUUCAACGGUCAAGAUUUCGCAAACUAUUGCAAACAACGAGGCAUUUCUACGAUCUUUUCGACACCACUAUUUCCGCAGCAAAACGGAUUAGCCGAAUGUUAUAUGAAAUUGAUUAACAAGGCUAUGGCAGUGGCCACAACGGAUAAAACAAGUUACGUCGAAUAA